AUGGACGUCACAUCCUUCUUCGUGGCCUCCUCCCUCUGGCACCUGACUUAUCUCGCCACCUCCUCCCUCCUCACCCACGCCCUCUCUCACCCCUCCUCGCACGCGUUCCUCCCCUCCAAGUCGGUCCGCCUCCGCCUGCAGCAAGAAGCCCCGGCCUACAUCCUCUCGACCAUCCACGCCGUCAUCGUCACCACGCGCGGCCUGCAGCACCUGCGCAUCCUGCUGCACGCCCCGGUCCACAUCCAGCUGCAGCACCCGCCGCCGGCCCUGGCCGCCUCCCUGCCGCUCGCCGUCCUCCCCUUCGCCGCCGAGACCCGCCGCGUCCUCGACACCAACAUCCUCCUCGCUACCUACCUCUUCGCAGACCUGGUCCACAUCCUCCGCCAGUACCCCGCGCUCGGCGGCCUCGAUACCGUCUUGCACCACCUCGCCUUCCUGUUGUGCGCCGUCGUCGCCGGCGCUUACAACCUCUGCCCGUUCAUGUUCUCGUGGCUCAUCAUCGGCGAGGCGAGCACCCCCUUUUUGAACCUGCGCUGGUUUUUGAUCCGCAGCGGCUACGGCGAUGCCUGGUUCUUCCGCCCGGUACAGAUGAUCUUCGCUCUGCUGUUUGUCGUCACUAGGUUUUUCGUCUACGGCGCCGGCAUGGCCUACCAGUUCACCAUUGUCUCCGACGUGCCGGAUACCGUGCCCAGGUGGGCUGUUGUCAUUACCUUGGGCUCCGUCGUGGCGGGCUUCGUCCUCAACUUGACCUGGCUCAACAAAAUUUGGAGGCUGGCCACUGGGGAAACGCGCAAUCAACCGGAGGCUCACCGAGAGAAGGCGGCGUAGUCGUGCGCAUGCGCGGCUUGUUUUUGCGAGUCUCGAAGCUGGAGGGCUUUGGUGACUCAUGUUGAAGCUCUUUUUUUAACUCUUACAUUCGAGACGGAGGGCGCAUAACGUGGAAAUCCCGCUCGUCGUCGCCUGUCUGUCAUGUACUAUUCAUGCUAUUGUAUCUAUGCGGUGAGGUGUCAAGUGUUGGCGAGAAGCAGCUCUCAUGCUGCGCCAGCAAUAUGGCGGUCCGCCUUGCAGCUUUUUUUCAACCGAUUUCUGCCUCUUGCAUACGGAGAGGUGGAGCUGGUGGGGACAACGUCGGAGUGUGAGGCUCAACCCUCGUUCAAAGACUUCUGUUCUAGGCUGAUGCGGAACAAGUUUGCCUUGUCUCGACGGCAUGCCGUGAUGCCCGUAUGCCAAUUUCUAUUCCCCCAACAAGUGACCUUGAGGUAUUUUGCAUUUGCUCCGCUGGAUUGCAGCUCUAAACAUCCCCAUCGCAAAUGCGUCAUCACUUGUUCGAGGACGACAAAUGUACCUUCUAGCCCGCCAACCUGCAUGGCAACUGCCCAAUUUUAACUUCGUAUAUUUCUGCGUAGCGUUUGUGAAUAUUGUACGUUAGCCAAAGCUCUUUCCCAACCUGUAAGUAAACAACACAACUCAA